AACAAUAAAAUAAAAUAAAGAGAAAAGGGAAGAAGGCGCUAAUUACACAUCACCACACACGCCACUCCCUCUCUCUCUUCUUCUCUCUCUUUCUUUCUCCCACCACUGUACUAACAUCCUCCAUCUUAUCAUCCCUUCCUACCCAACCUUUCGCAUUUUGCUACAAGCCUUCCUUUCCCAACCCUUAGCGCCGCCCUCAACUAAGAUUUCAGCCAUUCUUGUAACCCAUAUAUUUAUUCUUUUGGUUUCUUGCCUUUUAAAUCUACAAAAGAUUGAGUCUUUGGAGAUAUAUUCUUCUACCGAAGAAAUUCUUGUGGCCAGUUCUCUCAAUUGAAGUAUAUAAGCUGUUCUUUGUUGAAUGAGAGGAAAGUCAUGUGUGUAGAUCUUAGCUGGAAUCAUGAAUCUAUCUGGGUAGAUUUUCAUUCACUGCUUCUGGGUCUGAGUGAUGCUGAUUAGCUUGGGUUAAUGUUUCCCCCCUUUUGGAAGAGUUUCUGGGAAUUUGUGCUCUGAUCUGCAACUGCCGCAAGAUUCCGACUUUCUCUUUCUUGAUAGUUACUACUUUGGGUGUGUCAAUCUGGCAGGCCUAUAAAUGGAGGCCAGGAUUGGAGGUCAAGCUCAACUGUUUUAUAAUUUAGGCUCAGCAGAUUUGAGGGUUGUCGGGAACAGGAGCCUGGAUUGGGAUCCCUGUGAUUGGAAAUGGGACAGUCAUCUUUUCCGCGCCACGCCUAUCAAUCCCAACCCACCAAAUUUCCAAAGCAGGGAGUUUUUCCCGCUCCAAACAGGAAUCUCCACAUCCAACAGCUCCUCCUAUUGCUCUGAUGAAGUGAAUAUUGUGUCUAGGAAAGAGGUAAGGGGGUUUGAGAAGCGGCAGAGGGUUGUUUUCGUGGAGGAUGAAGAUAACCUUGAAGGCGAGACGGGCAAUCUCACCUUGAGGCUUGGGGAACAUGGAUCUCCUAGUGAUGAAAGAGAAGGGCAAGCCUUGGAUGGAACAGUUGGGAAAAAGAUCAAGCUCUCUGGAUCCACUUCAAUCCGAGGCGCCGCUUGUCAAGUGGAGGAUUGUGUGGCAGAUCUCAGCAAAGCUAAAGACUACCACAGAAGGCAUAAAGUUUGUGAAAUGCACUCCAAGGCAACCAAGGCACUUGUGAGCAACAUUUUGCAGCGUUUCUGCCAACAGUGUAGCAGGUUUCAUGCGCUUGAAGAGUUCGAUGAUGGGAAGCGUAGUUGUCGAAGACGACUAGCUGGUCAUAAUAAAAGGAGAAGGAAGACUCAACCAGAAACAGUUGCUAAUAACAAUGCAAUGAUUGAUAACAAUAAUAGCCAAGCUACUAGUUAUCUUUUGAUGAGCUUAUUUAAGAUACUUGCCCACAUGAACGCAAACACGGGGAGCUCCAAAGAGGACCAGAACCUUCUCUCUCACCUACUAAAGAAUCUUGUUAGCCAGGGUGCCUUGACCGGAGACAAAAGUAUAUCUGGCAUUCUAAACGAGUCUUCGAAUUUGCUGAGCAAUGGACCCACUUUUAGAGAUUCAGAAUUAAUAUCUGCCUUGAUCUCAAAUGGGUCUCCGGCGUCUUCACCACCAAAAGAACAAGCUCCCACUGCUUCUGUGUCUAAGUUACCAAUAGAAGCAGUUAGCAUGUUUCCUAAUGAAAGCAGUUCCUUGGCUACUGCAUUGGGUCAGGAAAGUUCUGCUGGGAGGAGUAAAUUGGCUGUUUUUGAUUUAAAUGACAUUUAUAUUGAUUCGGACGAUGGUGUUGAAGAUGUAGAGAGGUUGCCUGUCCCAGCUGAUUUGGUUGCUGGCUCCCCGGAAUGCCCAUCGUGGGCACAAAAGGACUCCCAUCAGUCAAGCCCACCUCAAGCAAGUGGGCAUUCAGACUCAGGUUCCGCACAAUCACCAUCCAGUUCCAAUGGAGAUCCUCAGAGCCGCACUGAUCGUAUUGUUUUUAAACUAUUUGGAAAAAAUCCAAACGACUUCCCAUUUCUUUUACGUGCACAGAUUCUGGAUUGGCUAUCUCACAGUCCUACUGACAUGGAGAGCUACAUUAAGCCUGGUUGUGUCAUACUAACUGUAUAUCUUCGUCUACCUGAAUCUUCUUGGGAUGAGCUUUGCUGCUGUUUGGGUUCCAGUUUAAGCAGACUUCUGGAUGCCCCUGAAGAUAACAGUUUCUGGAGAGAUGGAUGGACUUAUGUUAGAGUGCAGAACCAAAUAGCAUUCCUGUGCAGUGGUCAAGUUGUAGUGGAAUCUUCUCUGCCUUUCAAAAGUAAUGAAAACAGCACAAUUCUAAGUGUCAAGCCUAUUGCUGUACCUGUGUCUGGGAAAUCUCAAAUCACAGUGAAAGGAUUUAACUUAUCUGGGCCCGCCACAAGGCUGCUCUGUGCAAUAGAAGGCAACUAUCUUGUUCCAGAGGCUAGUAUAGAGACAACAGAACAUAAUGAUAAUGACCUUGAGCAGUGUGAUAUGGUCGAAUAUGUAAACCUUACAUGUUCUUUUCCUGCAGCUGCUGGAAGAGGCUUCAUAGAGGUUGAAGGUGAUGGUCUUGGUAGCAACUUUUUUCCUUUUAUAGUUGCUGAGCAGGAUGUUUGCUCUGAAAUAUGUACACUUGAGAAUGAGAUUGAGUUGACUGAGAAAGAGUAUCUUGAUGGGGAAGUUGAUAAAAUGGAAAUAAGAAAUCAAGCCAUCGAUUUCCUACACGAGUUGGGCUGGCUUCUUCAUAGAAGCAAUUUGAGAUCACGAUUGGGGGAAUCGGAAGAUCCUAGUGAGAUGUGCUUCUCUUUAAACCGGUUUGCAUGGCUUAUGGAGUUCUCUGUGGACCAUAAUUGGUGUGCGGUUGUGAAGAAGCUGUUGGACAUUCUUUUUAAUGGGAGUGUGGGCAGUACAGAUAAUCCUUCCUCCUUGAAAGUUGCCUUCUCUGAGACGAGUCUCCUUCACAAAGCGGUUAGGAGAAAUUCGAGGUCUUUGGUGGAGCUGUUAUUGAAAUACACUCCCGAUAGAGUGGCUGAUGAUCUAAGUGUGGAAUAUCGUGACCUGGUGGGAUAUGAAAGUGGAUAUUUGUUCAAACCUAAUGUUGCAGGUCCUUCAGGUUUGACACCUCUCCACGUUGCAGCAGGUAUAGAUGGAUCUGAAGAUGUAAUUGAUGCAUUGACAGAUGAUCCUGGAAAGGUGGGAAUGGAAGCAUGGAAGAACUCUCGCGAUAAUGCAGGAUUUACUCCAGAAGAUUAUGCCCGCCUGCGAGGGCAUUACUCAUACAUCCAUCUCGUCCAGCGAAAACUACUUAACAGGAAAGCUUCUACCACUGGCCAUGUGGUAGUUGAUAUCCCCAGUGUUUUUUCUCUGGAAGGGAAAUACAACUUGAAGCAAAACAACGGUGCGGGCACAAGCUUUGAGAUUUCAAGGACUGAUAUGAAACCCAUUCAGCAGCUGGCAGCGUGCCGGAUGUGUGAUCAGAAGACAAUUCCAUACCGAACCGGCAGCAGAUCUUUGCUUUAUAGGCCGGCCAUGCUCUCGAUGGUCGCAAUUGCUGCGGUAUGUGUUUGUGUCGCUCUUCUGUUCAAGAGCUUACCUGUCGUCAAUAACUUGUACUGUCCCUUGAGUUGGGAUUCUUUGGACUAUGGUUCAAUCUAAUUUGGGGUUAGUGCACAGCCCACCAGUAGGACCACUGCUCCCUCCUUUGUAUCUGUUGUGUAUGCGUGAAUAAACUGUAUAACUGAGGUGUCCUUAGGAAAUCCCCCUUAAAUAUACUCCUAUAUUUAUGUCAGUGUAUGUAUACCUGUAUUUUUAUUAUUAUGUUAUAUAUGACGAUAUGAUUGUUUUUUUGGCUUCCAGUUCAAGGUACCUAUUUGUGUAGGCUUGUGUCCAUUUUCU